UACCAAAACACGAAUUGUUGACAACGAUGCCCACGCUGUCUUGGUCCCCCACGGACACCAUCAACACGUAGAGACCCAAUUUUCUUUUUUCAUUUUUUGAUAUACACUUAUAGACCCUUUUUCUUAGAGGCCUACAUAUCAAAAUUCAAACACCAUUUCUCAUUAUAAUCCACAUAAUACAUAUACAUAUAGGUAAUUAAGACCACCAAUAUUUUCUUAUUGUCUUCAUUUUCCUCCCUUGACAACAUGGUGGUGCAAGUGCAACACAAUCUCCUCUUAGUCAUAACUUUCUUGAUGUUGUUGUGGUCAUGGUGGAGCCUUUUGGGUGCACUAGGAGACCCUCAAACCCAUUUAAUCAACAAGGGGUGUAGCCAAUACAACGCAACCGACUUGUCCAACUUCAACCAAAACCUAAACGCAACUUUGGAUGACCUUAGAGCACAGGUUAGCAACCAAAGCAAGCACUUUGCCACGGCUCAAGAAGCUAGAGGAGCAGACCCUGUCUAUGCCAUGUUUCAGUGUAGGAACUACCUCUCCACCGCCGACUGCGCCGCCUGCUUCGUGGUUGCCGCCGCCCAAAUCCGCAAUUGCUCAGCCGGAGCCAACGGUGCCCGGGUCAUCUAUGAUGGCUGCUUCCUUAGGUAUGAGAGCAAUGGCUUCUUUGACCAGACCACACUGGCUGGCAACAGUAUGAUUUGUGGAAAUCAGACAGCAGUAGGAGCCACCACAUCUUUUAAUACAACUGCACAGCAAGUGCUAAUGGACCUGCAAAUUGCAACACCAAAAAUUACUGGUUUCUUUGCAGCUACCAAGACACAAUUGGCUGGUGGUGGUGCAAUCUAUGCCAUUGCACAAUGUGCUGAAACUGCCACAGAGAGUGCUUGUUUGGAUUGCCUCACAGUUGGAUACAACAACAUACAUAUUUGUUUACCCAACACAGAUGGCAGAGCAUUUGAUGCAGGAUGCUUUAUGAGAUACUCAGAGACAGCAUUUUUUGCUGAUAACCAGACCAUUGAUAUCGCACCCUUCUUGAAACAAGGAGGUUCAAGCAACAAGAAGGGAGCCAUUAUAGGCGGUGUUGUUGGAGGUGUAGGUCUUGUUGUAAUCCUCCUUGCACUAUUUGGCUUGCUUAGACGGUAUAAGAAACCCAAGAGGGUUCCUAGAGGUGACAUAUUGGGAGCAACCGAGUUGAAAGGUCCAGUUCCCUAUAGGUACAAGGAUUUGAAGACUGCAACAAAAAAUUUCAGUGAUGAAAAUAAACUAGGAGAAGGAGGUUUUGGAGAUGUAUACAAGGGCACUUUGAAAAAUGGGAAAAUAGUUGCAGUCAAAAAAUUAAUCUUAGGCCAAUCCGGGAAGAUGGAUGAACAAUUUGAAAGUGAAGUCAAGCUUAUAAGUAAUGUUCAUCACAAGAAUCUGGUUCGACUUCUUGGAUGUUGCAGUAAAGGUCAAGAGAGAAUCCUUGUUUAUGAAUACAUGGCAAAUAAAAGCUUGGACAGAUUCUUAUUUGGUGAAAAUAAGGGUUCUCUCAACUGGAAACAAAGAUAUGAUAUAAUUUUAGGCACAGCAAAGGGUUUGGCCUAUCUACAUGAGGAUUUCCACGUUUGCAUCAUACAUAGGGAUAUAAAGACCAGCAAUAUCCUCUUGGAUGAUGAGAUGCAGCCAAGAAUUGCUGAUUUUGGGUUGGCAAGACUUCUACCAGAGGACCAAUCUCAUCUCAGCACAAGAUUUGCAGGAACAUUGGGAUACACAGCACCUGAGUAUGCCAUCCAUGGUCAGUUAUCUGAGAAGGCUGAUGCAUACAGCUUUGGUGUUGUAGUCCUUGAAAUCAUAAGUGGCCAAAAGAGCAGUGAAUUGAGGACAGAUGCUGAUGGUGAAUUCCUCCUUCAAAGGGCAUGGAAACUAUACGUGCAAGAUAUGCAUUUGGAGUUGGUUGACAAGACAUUGUUGGACCCUGAAGACUAUGAUGCAGAAGAAGUGAAGAAAAUCAUAGAGAUUGCUUUGCUUUGCACUCAAGCAUCAGCUGCUGCAAGGCCAGCAAUGUCUGAAAUAGUAGCUUUUCUCAAAAGCAAGAACUCACUGGGGCAAAUAAGGCCUUCUAUGCCUGUUUUUGUAGAAACUAACUUAAGGACUCGGGCAGAAACCUCUACCUCAACUGGUUCCUCCACAUCUAAUGCUACUGCUUCCAUUUCUAUGCUCUCAGCUCGAUGAAUAUCUCACAAAGGAGUUAUUGAUGUGAUGUCAAGUUAAUGGAUUUGAAGAUUUGAGACAAUGAAGGAAACGAUUAAUGUGUAAAAAGAAGGGGAUUUUUCUUCCACAAUUCUUGAAGUAUUGCAUUGCCAUUAGUGCUACAAAUACCAAUUAUAUAGUGAAGUAGUGAUUGAUUUGAUGUUGAUGAAUUAUUUGCCACUUUGUUGAUAAUGAGGCACUUUAGUGAAGAUCUGGGAUUGGCUAGGAAAAUAGGGUCUUCCACUAAUUAAAAUGUGUUCCCAUUAAUUUUCUCCGAUGCGAAGGAGACAGAAUUUUCACAAUGUAUACAGAAACUUCCUCAAGUGUGAUGAUUUUAUGGGUGAUAAUAAAAGGAUUUCAAAAAUACAAAACAACAUAGUUAAAAUCCAGCCUAAAA